AUGCCGAAAAAGAAGCCGAAGCGGAAGGUCCCUCAACCAAAAGUUGAUUUACAAAAACUCCAAGAAGAUGCGAGGCGGCAGCACAUCGAAGAAAGCACAGCCCUCGUGCUGCAGCAUGCAGAUCGCCCGCAGAAGGAGUUGCUGGGGCAGUGGAUAGAAGAAGCAACAAAAAUUAAAAAGCAAGAAGCUUUGCAGGGUUUGGAGCGCGAGAUCGGCAAGCACGAGGGUUUGGUGGAGACCCAGCGCUACGGUCUAGUGCCGAAGGAAUCUGGACGUGAGGCUUGGGAUUACGAAUUUAGGAUUCGGGAAGAAGACGCGGCGCUGGCGUACGAAGAAAACUUCCACCAAAGCAGCGACUUGUCGCUGUUUCAAAACCGCGCAGUGGAGCUGCAGCACCAGCUGCAGUCGCGAGCAGCAGCAGCAGCGCAAACCCUAAAAGGGGGUUUAGAGAAAGCCGCGCAAAGCCACGCUGCUGCCACCGAGG